CAGAUGGAGACCCAGAAUGUCCAGCUGGUUCUAACUCCGUUUCACAGCUGAGGAAGUCGGGGCCCCAAAGUGGAGACGCGAUUUGCCCAAACACAAGCAGGUGGAUGGUGCCCCGCAGCGUGUGUCUAACCCUGGCCGGGUGGGUUAGACCGGCAGCAGCCCCCAAAGGGACUUCUCCGGAGAGAAGCUUGGGGAGUUCGUUCGCAGAGCUUCUUCUCCUGCCUGGCCCCUCCGAAGCGGUCGGCGCAGAUGGGAGCCCAUUUCCUCGGAAUCGGCUUCUUUGGCGUCUGAGGGAGUCGGUGGCUUUAGGAGACCGUUUCUCUGACAUCUGGGACACGGUUUCCUUGACAUCCCGGCGUUUGAUCUUGCUCUUCUACUUGGCCUUCUAUGGCUUCCUCGCCGCACUCUUCACAUUUACCAUGUGGGUUAUGCUGCAGACUCUGAGUGACGAAACUCCAAAAUACCGGGACCAGAUUUCCAGCCCAGGGCUUACAAUUGUCCCCAAACCACCCGGUGCAUUAGAGUUUUCUCUCAAUAUCUCUAAACCAGCAACCUAUGAAAACUAUAUUGAUGCCAUUAAGGAAUUUUUACGAGAAUAUGAAGGCAAGAAACAAGAACAUCUUUUACAGUGUCGUAAUGGAACGUUUUUUGAACAGGAUAACAUCUUUCCUAAAAAGACUUGUAAAUUUUCUCUUGAAACCCUCGGUCCCUGCUCUGGAUUGAAUGAUGUCAACUUUGGCUAUCCUGAUGGAAAUCCUUGUAUUUUUGUGAAAAUGAAUAGAAUAAUUGGAUUGAGGCCUCAAGGAGAACCCAGGAUAGUGUGUGCAGUUAAGGAAGGAACAGAAGUAAAUCUAGCAACUUUCCCCAAAGAUGGAAGGCUUGAUUUAAUGUAUUUUCCAUAUUAUGGGAAAAAGUUGCACGUGAACUAUCGACAGCCCGUAGUUGCUCUCCAGGUCCAGUUUCAGAGCUACAACCAAGAAGUGUCAAUAGAAUGUAAGAUUGAAGGGUCACCCAAUCUAAGAAACCAGGAUGAGCGUGACAAGUUCUUGGGACGAGUUGCCUUCAAAAUCUCACUGACUCAAUAGUAUGAGUAGAACAUCUCCACAAAAUAAACGUGUUGUCUAUCUUCAUGUUGUAUCAGCUGGACCUGCCAUUCUAGAAUUGGAAGCCACCUUGGAGAAAUUUUAAGGUGGUACAUGAUGUUUGGGGUAGCAUAAUAAUGUGCUUCCAGAUCAUAAUGUGUAAUGUCCUCAAAGUAACUGCCUUUUGCCUUUGCCUGCCCCAUUGGACCAGUGUGCAGACAUAGACAUGUCAUAUUAGGGACCUGUAAAUAGCUGAUUCAAAACGUGUAAUAAUGGUGGUCUUGUCCUGUUCUCAUGUGGUUUUAUCUCCAAGUGUCUAUAAAGCUUAAUGUGCUGUGCUAUGUAAAUAUUUUAUUGAUUUAACACUGGUUUAACUGUCAUUAUCUCAAUGCCAACACCUUUAGGGAUCAAAUGAUUAAAAAAAAAGGUACCUGACCAACCUAAAAGUGAUUUAUAACUCUGCAAGAAUUGUGGUGUGUGGAGACACCUUAAAUUUUGUGUGUGAGGAGGAAGAUAAAUAAAAGUGGAUUUUAAAAGUGUCA